AGACUUAACACUUGAUCAAGAGUAGUCGUUAUACCACCGGUUACUUAUCUCCUUUUAGUUCAACUUGGUGAUUUGUCUUGGUAAGAAGUGUAACUUCUUUAACUUAUAAAGAAGUUGUAACUUUGUUAAAUUGGAUUUGUCAUUCGAUAAAAUGAAGUAUCAAUUUCUGAUAGUAUUAAUUAUUGGGGCAUUAAUUUUCGAUGAAGUUUCAGCAGAGAAGCAUAAACAUAAUAAAUUAAAGCAUAAAAAAUACCAUCCACAUGAAAAAAAACUACAAGAAGAUGAACAAAAAUGGCACGAUGCCGAUUUAAUACAUUUAAAUGAGCAUGCAUUAAAAGAAGCAGAAUUAUCCGAAGCUGAACAUUAUGAACAACAAAUAAAUGAUAAUGCAUUUUAUCAAUUUGAUCCGUGUGCGAAUGUAAAAUGUAGUGCUGGACAAGUCUGUGAUAUUAAUGAGGAAAAUAAACCACAUUGUGUAUGUGUGCCAGUAUGUCCUGAAGAGGAUGAUCCACGUCGUAAAGUUUGUACAAAUUACAAUGAAACGAUGGGUUCUGAUUGUGCAGUACAUCAACAACGUUGUUAUUGUAACACCGGUGAUGAACGUUGUGUCAGCGAUGAUUAUAAACACGUUCAUAUUGUUUAUUACGGAGAAUGUCGUGAAAUGCCUGAAUGUACCGCUGAUGAAAUGGCAGAUUUUCCAAGGCGUAUGCGUGAUUGGUUAUUUAACAUUAUGAUUGAUUUAGCUGAACGUAAAGAGUUAAAUCGCCACUACUUAAAAAUGAAACGUGAAGCUGAAACAAAUCAUACUCGUAAAUGGGCAAAUGCUGCUAUUUGGAAAUGGUGUGAUUUGGAUCGUGAUGGAGACAAAGCCGUUUCACGCCAUGAAUUAUUCCCAAUACGUGCACCCUUACUUAGCUUAGAGCACUGUAUUGCACCAUUUUUGGAUAAUUGUGAUAAUGACAACAAUCAUAGAAUAACAUUGGAUGAAUGGGGAAAAUGUUUACAACUUGAAGCAGGAGAUUUGGAGGAAAGAUGUAAAAACUUCAACAAUGAUCCUGACGAAGACGAUGAUGACUAGAUAAUAAUUCAUUAAUUAUAAUAAAUGUAAUUUCUAAAAAUAUGUAUAAGAUUUUUAAGUAUGCCGAAUGAAUGGUGCUAAUUAACGGCUAAAAUAAUAAUUACAAUGCUAACACUGCCAAAUUUAUAAUUGUAAA